GUUGUUAUUUGACACGAGAGACGUGAAGUCGCAAAACAGAACAGAACACUCGACAAUCGACAUCACUUUGUGACUUUCAGAUUGUUCGUUUUUACGAAGCUUUUGCACUUUUGGAUUUAAUUAAUUUCGCUACGCUGCUUGCAGAUUUGCCCCAGUUUAAUUGUAAACUCUACUCUAUUUAUUUUGCGGAAGAAUAGUAAAUCUUUGAAAGAUCAAGUUUGAGCUGCCAUAAAGUUUUUUGGCUGCCGUUUCAUCUUGUUCGCCUAUCAGGUUAUUCAGGUAUGAUGGCAAAAUCGGUUGCUAAUCCGAAGCCAUUCGUGUGCCAUGAUUGUGGCAAGGAUUUUGUUUCUCGCGACAAGCUAAAUCAUCAUCAACACAAACUUCACGGGCAUCCUCGCCAGUUAACCGUGUCAAUAAGUAAUCCCUCGUUAAAUAACGCGCAGGCUGCUGCAGAAUUCAACGAUGAAACUCCGACACCAAGCCGUUUUCAAGAUGGAGAACUGCUGCAGGACAUUGGCAAGGACACCACCAUGGACACUCCAGCGCGUUUGUUGCAGGAAUAUCAGAUCACUCCUUCCGUCUUCGAUAAGGAUUUUCGCGAGAGUUUCGCGAAAUUAGCGGGAAAGACAUCCCCUGCUCUGGCCGGUCGAGACAUGGUUAAACGUGCACUAUUGCGACAGAAUUCACAGGAUGCAUCCAUCAAGGAGGAAAGCAUGGAUUUGGGGUCGAUUGGCGCAGUGUCCCCGCGAACUUACCUCAUAAAUCAUCUCAAUUCCGUCGGACCGAUUGUGGUGUCAAGCGGUGGAGCCCUGAAUCCUCCUGUUCCGACGAUAGUCGCCAAUCCCUCGAUGUCCCUUAUGCAAAUGGGUGGGCUGUUGCUUGGCCAGGCUAUGCAUGGUGCCUCCAAUUCAGACGAACUCCAGACUCAGCUCCAAGAACUGUGGGCUUUGUCUUCUCAGGGUUUGGACAGUCUCCUUCCCCAUUCUGGAUCACCCAGUGAGCGCGAGACCAGUACUCCUCGUUCUGAAGGCUUCACUAAUGGCCGUGAGGGUUCGGUUAAGCGGAAAGCGGACGACAUGUCCGACUCAAUGAGCGUAGCCUCCUCAUCUGAACGCUCCGCGACGCCGGCGCGCAAAACCAAAGCCAUUCUUCCUACCGAUGAUCCUCAGUUAGCGGAUAAGCGGCGGCGUAACCGUUUGGCUGCAGAGAAGUGCCGUGAGAAGCGGAAGGCUCGACAACGAAAGCUCGAAGAGGAAAAUGAGGAGCUACAGGAGAAACUGAAAGUGCUAAAGGGCAAGUACGAUGAACUGACCCAGUGUACUCAGAAAGUGAUUGGAAACCUGCAAACGGAAAAUGGUCUGUUGCGAGCGGAAAACCAGCAAUUACAGGUGGCGCUGAAAGGCGGCGUGCUGCCCUCUAUGGAUGGACGGGCAGUGUCUCCAGCACAUGGACUGCCUAUAAUUCUGCAGAGUGGUGAUGGAGGAAUGUAAUAAACUUCAAAGGAUUUGGACACUAGCCGCAUAAGGGGUGCGAUCAGCGAUGCCAGUGUGCGAGACACGCAACAAGUGGAUACCGUUGAGCAUAGCAAAUCGGUUCGGAAAUUGAUCUGAAAUGUGGCGCGGAGUGAGUUAUUUUUUGUACAAUGGGUUCGUUUCUGGUUGGUUUCGACGAUGGUAUAUUAUUGUAUUCUGUGUACGAAAGUAAUAUUGGGUUUGUGGUUUUUGUUAUUACAAUACAAUAUAACUUCCGGUACUGUACUUGUGACGGAAUGCCUUUACACAGUGCAUAUGCACAUGACGAUGUAUUACGAUGUUUUUAAUUGUUUUAGGGUAAAUUUUUGUUGCUAAAACAAAAAAAAAGUUUAUAACGUGUUAAAACUACAAAAAAAGAAUAAAUGACU